GAUUAGAUCUCAACGUUAUAAACUCUGCAUUGGCAAACAAUCUUCGCGGUUUUUCUUCAAAAAUUACGUGAUCGUUUUGGUGAUUUUUAUUUGCAGACGGUCAGGAUUUCUACGUGAGCUCAUAUUCAGGAGAAAACAUUCAAACCAACCAACGAGAACAUUCGAAUAGAGGAUAUAUAGAAUGACUUCGCGGCUCAAUCUGUUCAAGUCUAGGUCAAACCUAAGUACAUCUCCGAACACCACGGCGCCCUCCAAUAGAAUGGCAAAGCGACCCAACGAACCGCCGAAGAUGCAGAAGCAACGGAGAGUAGCCGUUAUGGGUUUUCGUGCGGUCGGUAAAACCAGCGUAACAGUUCAGUUUGCAGAAAAGGGAUUUAGCGAGGAUUAUCAUCCCAGUAUAGAGAACACUUUUCACAUCGGCAUCAAGGUUAACGGCAAAGAAUACGAGAUAGAAAUUAUUGACACCGCUGGACAGGACGAAUACAGUCUCUUACAGCGUCAAUAUACUGUGGGCAUGCAUGGGUAUGUCCUGGUAUAUUCAAUCGCUAACAAGUACAGUUUUGAUAUCGUAAAAAAUAUCAACGAUCAAAUUUUGAAUGCGCUUGGAACCGAAAAAGUACCGCGCGUUUUGGUAGGAAACCAGAAGGAUUUGGUCAGUCAGAGAGAGGUGUCACUAGAAGACGGUCAAGCGUUGGCUCAAAGGUGGGGAUGUGCAUUUACAGAAACGUCUGCCAAGCUCAAUGAGAACAUAUCUAAGGUGUUCGCGAUGAUUAUCGAAGAAAUUCAAAAAGAUUCAGCGCCAAAAGAGCCCAAAACAGCUUGUUCAGUAAUGUAAACUAAUACGAGUACUGCUGAUUUUUCUGAUAUAAAGAGCCGCAUGCGCUCUGAAGAGUUCUCAUGCUCCGGAUUCACGC